CUCCCUCCCUCUUUCCCCGCCUUGGCACUCAGUCACCUUGCAGAUGAGCGCUCUUGCAGACAGCGGCGGGCGGCCGGGCGCCUGGCAUGUCCCCUGAGUGCGCGCAGACGACGGCCCCCGGCCCCUCGCGCACCCCGGACCCAAUCAAUCGCACCCACUUCUCUUUCUUCUCGGAUGUCAAGGGCGACCGCUGGCUGGUGUUGAGCGUCGUGGAGACCACCGCGCUGGGGCUCAUCUUCGUGGUGUCACUGCUGGGCAACGCGUGUGCCCUGGUGCUGGUGGCGCGCCGUCGGCGCCGCGGGGCGACAGCCAGCCUGGUGCUCAACCUUUUCUGCGCGGACCUGCUGUUCACCAGCGCCAUCCCUCUAGUGCUCGUCGUGCGCUGGACCGAGGCCUGGCUGCUGGGCCCCGUCGUCUGCCACCUGCUCUUCUACGUGAUGACCAUGAGCGGCAGCGUCACCAUCCUCACGCUGGCCGCGGUCAGCCUGGAGCGCAUGGUGUGCAUCGUGCGCCUGCAGCGCGGCUUGAGAGGCCCGGGGCGGCGGACGCAGGCCUCCCUGCUGGCUUUCAUCUGGGGUUACUCGGCGCUGGCAGCGCUGCCCCUCUGCAUCUUGUUCCGCGUGGUCCCACAGCGCCUUCCCGGCGGGGACCAGGAAAUCCCAAUUUGCACAUUGGAUUGGCCCAACCGCAUAGGAGAAAUCUCGUGGGAUGUGUUUUUCGUGACUUUCAACUUCCUGGUGCCAGGCCUGGUCAUUGUGAUCAGUUACUCCAAAAUUUUGCAGAUCACCAAAGCAUCAAGGAAGAGGCUCACGUUGAGCCUGGCGUACUCCGAGAGCCACCAGAUCCGAGUGUCCCAGCAGGACUAUCGGCUCUUCCGCACCCUCUUCCUGCUUAUGGUUUCCUUCUUCAUCAUGUGGAGUCCCAUCAUCAUCACCAUCCUCCUGAUCUUGAUCCAGAACUUCCAGCAGGACCUAGUCAUCUGGCCGUUCGUUUUCUUCUGGGUAGUGGCCUUCACUUUUGCCAACUCCGCCCUAAACCCAAUUCUGUACAACAUGUCGCUGUUCAGGAACGAAUGGAGGAAGAUUUUUUGCUGCUUCUUUUUCCCAGAGAAGGGAGCCAUUUUCACAGACACAUCUGUCAGACGAAAUGACUUGUCUGUUAUUUCCAACUAACUAGUGAAGCGCUGUGUGCAUGUAAAGGGAGUUAACUUUCGGGAAAGCCUACCAGUGCACGCUGCUUUAAGGAAAUCCGACUUCCAGCAGCACACACCUACAGGGCCAGAAAAUUAAGGAAUGAUCGCUCAGUAUAAAAAUAUUUUUUUCUUAAAAGAACUUUCUAUGGGUUCCUUUUGUGAACCUUUUUUUUUAGUGUGUUUGUAAUAUGAUUGAGUUAAUAAAUUUUUAUUUAUAACGGUUCCUACAUAUGGAGUUGAACCUUAUGGUCAUUGAAACAAACAGGGCUCAGAUUUCCAUGUAAAGGGGGUCAUGGCCAUGCUAAGUCCCCACCUUGGGCUCAUAAUGCUUUGAGAUCAUUUAUUCAUUCAUGUCAAGAGUGCUUAAGGAAUCCUCCUCCUUCCCCCCACAUAUUAAAAAUGGACUGGGGACAUGGCUCAAUGGUAUGCUUGCCUAGCAAGCAUGUGGCCCAAGGUUCAAUAUAUAUAUCACUUGAUCACUUUAGUAGAAGGAGCACCAUAGAAUCAAAAAGGGGGGGAUGGACCCUGAUGCUAGAGAAGAUCGACAGUGGAUACUUUAUCACUCCACCCAUCAGGCCUUUGAAACACCUGCUGUGGCUGCACAAUGCUUUUGGUGCUAGGAA